AUGCCUUUUACGGCUGCAGUCAGUUUUGACCUGACUGAGCUCAGGAAUAAAGUAGCAAAGAUUAAAGUGAAUCCAAGAGGAAAUCUGUGGGCAACGGGACAUUUCAUGGGUAAAAAGAGCGUGGUGGAUGCCCCCCUGAUGCCCUCCUCACGGAUCCAGAGGAUGGAUGCUCUUGACAUGUCAGAGCAGAGCGCGCUCACAGACAUGUUGCAGGAGUUUCUGCGGAUGGCGAUGGACACGCAGAUGGAAACACAAGAGAGCCGUUCUAAAGAUUUGGAGUCGAAUAUGUUGCUGGAGAUUUUACAAAAUUAUUUACAAAACAGAAAAUGA